GACGUCCAGGGGCGCGCCCGUGACGUCAGAGGGUCAUGGCGUCCGCGGCGUUGGAACCCUGGCAGGCUGCGGCUCCGCGAAGGAAAAGACGCUCUGCGGAGCGGCGACCGCGGGGCAGGGAGGUGGCCCUGCGGGACCUGGAGGCCCAGCCUGAGGUGGACUGCGGAGUUGUGCUGCGUCGCAUCCGGGAGGCCGGGAAGGACCUGCUUCUGUCUGAUUUCUGGAGUCUGGCACUAGAAACCAUCAACAGCUGUCUUACAAAACAUCUGGAACAACUGAAGGUCCCUGAGGGGACUCUUUCGGAAGCUCUUAGAAACCUGCAUCUUGACUCCUUGCCAAAUGAGUCUGCUGUGACACCUGGCUUCAUCACAGGGGAGAACCAAGUCCCAGGAACCUACUGUUGGAAGUGUGUAUGUUAUGGCAUUGGAAACUUUGCCACCUGCGUCAUAGCUAGACACCAGCUCACAUUUCUGCUUCUCUUCCUGGAAAAGUGCCAGAUUCCCAGGAGGCACUGCUGGGUGUAUGACCCUCUGUUUAGCCAGCUAGAAAUUGCAGUUCUGAAGAGCCUUGGUGUGACUGUUCUCAGUGAGAACGAGCUCCUGGUUUUCUCCAGAGGUGCUGCUGUCAUGGAUGUAGAAGUCAGUCUAAGGCGUGUGGCCUGGCUUGGUACACAGGAAGGAAGACGGAGCAUCCACGGCGAGCCCACCAUCUUCUACAUGCCCCACUGCGGCACAGCCCUGUACAACAACCUUUUGUGCAGUAACUGGUCAGUGGAAUCCCUUGCCAAGAUGCUCAUCAUUGGGAACAGCUUCAGAGGACUCGAGGAGAGAUUGCUGGCAAGGAUUCUACAGAAAAAUUAUGCCUACAUCGCAAAGGUUUUAAAAGGACUGGAGGAGCUUGAGCUGCCUGAGACUUCACAGUACACGGACGUAUUUAACGAUACCUCCAUCCACUGGUUCCCUGUACAGAAGCUACGACGACUCCCCAUAGACACUUGGGCUUUCCGGGAAGAACCAGACUACCAGGACUGUGAGGACCUUGAAAUCAUCAGGAACAAGAGAAGAGCUCCCUCAGCUGCUGACCAGAACUUGCCCUGGCAGGGCAGCUGUCCCCAGAGAUGACAGGGAGGGUGGCCGUGUGGGGAGCACCCUUCUUUGUGGCGGGCCAGACUCGAGAGCCC